UCUUUUCCCUCUCUGCAUCUCUCCAUAGCUUCCUCUUUGCUUCUGCAAAUCCCCGGAAUUCCCUUCGUACAGUUCCAUUCCACAUCCCCAGCUUCCAACCCAAACAUCGUCAUCAGCUUCAUUCCCCCAGCCGCUCGCUCGGAGCUUCGCCUGAAGCUUCAUCAUCAUGUCUGCCGAUCCCGAGCACACCCAGCCCGGUAAGGGUAAGGUCAAACUCGACAAUGAUCCCUCCGGUGGCGAGAAGAAGGAGGUCAACGAGACUGCCACGGCCAUCCUCAAGAAGAAGAAGAAGCCAAACUCACUGAUUGUGACCGACGCCACCAACGAUGACAACUCUAUCAUCUCACUUUCACCGAAUACCAUGGACACCUUGCAACUGUUCCGAGGUGAUACGGUCUUGGUCAAGGGAAAGAAGCGCAAGGACACCGUCCUGAUCGUUCUUCCCGACGAGGAUCUGGAUGAUGGCAACGUCCGGAUAAACCGUGUCACUCGCCACAAUCUCCGCGUCAAGCACGGCGAUGUCAUUACCGUGCAUGCGUGCCCGGAUAUCAAAUAUGCCAAACGCGUUGCCGUUCUCCCCAUCGCAGAUACCAUCGAGGGCCUGACCGGCAAUCUCUUCGAUGUCUUCCUCGCCCCAUAUUUCCGCGAAGCGUACCGACCCGUGCGACAAGGUGACACGUUCGUGGCUCGCGGUGGCAUGCGACAGGUGGAGUUCAAGGUCGUCGAGGUGGACCCGCCGGAGUUCGGCAUCGUGGCCCAAGACACCGAAAUCUUCUGCGAAGGCGACCCGAUCGAGCGGGAAGAUGAAGAGGGCAACUUGAACGAGGUGGGAUACGAUGAUAUUGGUGGAUGCCGAAAGCAGAUGGCUCAGGUCCGUGAGUUGGUGGAACUGCCGCUCCGACAUCCUCAGCUCUUCAAGUCGAUCGGUAUCAAACCCCCUCGUGGAAUUCUCCUGUUCGGACCUCCUGGUACCGGGAAGACGCUCAUGGCUCGAGCGGUUGCCAACGAGACCGGAGCCUUCUUCUUCCUCAUCAAUGGCCCGGAGAUCAUGUCCAAGAUGGCCGGUGAGUCGGAGUCGAACCUGCGGAAAGCAUUCGAGGAGGCCGAGAAGCAGGCCCCUGCCAUCAUCUUCAUCGACGAGAUCGAUUCCAUCGCACCCAAGCGUGACAAGACGAACGGUGAAGUGGAGCGACGUGUCGUCUCGCAGCUCUUGACGUUGAUGGACGGCAUGAAGGCUCGAUCCAACGUCGUCGUCAUGGCGGCUACCAACCGACCCAACUCGAUCGACCCGGCUCUGCGACGAUUCGGCCGCUUCGAUCGUGAAGUCGACAUCGGCAUUCCCGACCCCACCGGCCGUCUCGAGAUCCUCCAGAUUCACACCAAGAACAUGAAGCUGGGCGAGGAUGUCGAUCUGCCUGCCAUCGCGUCGGAGACGCACGGAUACGUCGGAUCGGAUCUGGCGUCGCUGUGCUCCGAAGCGGCUAUGCAGCAGAUCCGUGAGAAGAUGGACCUGAUCGACCUUGACGAAGACACGAUCGACGCUGAAGUCUUGGACUCCCUCGGCGUCACCAUGGACAACUUCCGCUUCGCUCUCGGCGCCUCCAACCCGUCGGCGCUUCGCGAAGUGGCCGUCGUGGAGACGCCCAACGUCCGCUGGGACGAUAUCGGUGGUCUGGAAGAAGUCAAGCGCGAGCUCAUCGAGAGCGUCCAGUACCCCGUCGACCACCCCGAAAAGUUCCUCAAGUUCGGCCUUUCGCCCUCUCGUGGUGUGCUCUUCUACGGACCUCCGGGUACCGGUAAGACGCUGCUUGCCAAGGCCGUCGCCAAUGAAUGCGCGGCGAACUUCAUUUCCGUCAAGGGCCCCGAGCUGCUGUCCAUGUGGUUCGGUGAGUCGGAAAGCAACAUCCGGGACAUCUUCGACAAGGCUCGCGCCGCUGCUCCUUGCGUGGUCUUCCUCGACGAGUUGGAUUCGAUCGCGAAGUCUCGUGGUGGAUCGGUCGGUGAUGCGGGCGGUGCUUCCGACCGUGUUGUCAACCAGCUUUUGACUGAAAUGGAUGGCAUGACCUCCAAGAAGAAUGUGUUCGUCAUCGGCGCCACCAAUCGUCCAGAACAGCUCGACAACGCGCUGUGCCGUCCCGGCCGUCUCGACACCCUCGUCUACGUCCCCCUCCCCGACAAAGAAUCCCGUAUCAGCAUCCUCCAAGCCCAGCUCCGCAAGACCCCCGUCUCCCCCGACGUCGACCUCGACGUCAUCGGCGAGCACACGCACGGCUUCUCCGGCGCCGAUCUCGGCUUCAUCACCCAGCGCGCCGCCAAGCUCGCCAUCAAGGAGUCCAUCUCCAAGGAGAUUGAGCGCGUCCGCAAUCUCCCUGAGGACACGGGCAUGGACAUCGACGAUGAGGCGGAGGUCGAGGACCCCGUCCCCAUGCUCACCAAGGCGCACUUCGAGGAGGCGAUGCGCUCCGCCCGUCGUUCGGUCACGGACGUCGAGAUCCGCCGGUACGAGGCUUUCGCGCAGAGCAUGAAGAACACCGGUGGAGGAAGCUUCUUCAGGUUCCCGGAGGGGGCAGCCGCGGCAGAAGGCGCAAAUGGCGGGUUCGGGCAGGGCGGAGACGACGAGGACCUCUACAAUUAGAUUUUCAGGUUACGGCAAUAGGGUCCAGGAGGAGCUGGGCGUCCCGUCUAAGUAGCUUGCAGACUUCGCUAGAGGUCGUGCUCAUGAUUCGGCUACCCCCGACGCACACCGCAUUUGUCUUUUCAACACGAUUGAUUUUCCCUGGUUGCUUUGUUUCCCUUCCCACUUCCCGCAUUCCCCUGGGUUUCGUUCCUAUGGACGCGGAGCUCGAUAAUGGAGGAACGAUGGGGGGUUUUCGCUGAAAAAUAGACAUGAUUAAGAUAGUGCAAUGCGACGUUGUGCCGUCUCCGUCGAAGGAGAGGCUUUUCUAUAUUGGGUUUGGUGAUGGGACCUGUAGGCUGAUGCCUCGGAGGCGUUGAACAUUAGUACAUUAUUUCCAAAGCCAGGCAUCGUAUCAUUAGCUGAACUCGAUUUACACUACUUUACUCCGUAUUCCUGUAAUGUAGAUAUAUCCCAUCCAUGUUU